AUGUCCCCCAAGUCCGAAUCUGGUGCUCUCCUCGGAGCUCAUUGGCUUCAACAAGGACUGCCCGCGGACGACACUGAUGCAGACUCAACUCUUGGUGACGAGGUCGAGAGCUCGACCGCUUCCAUCUCGUCCAGCAUUCUCAACUACCGCAAUAUCAAUGGCCGAACCUAUCACAGCGAUUCCGUGAUGGACGGAGAAUACUGGGGUCCCAAUGACUCGAAGCACAUGGAGAUGUUGGACAUUUUCUACCAUGCCAUCGAUAUGAUGCUUGAAGGAAAGCUGCAUCAAGCGCCUCUCAGCGCAAACAUACAGAACGCCGUGGAUAUUGGGACGGGUUCGGGAUUGUGGGCAAUCGACUUCGCCGAUAAGUAUACCAACUGCUACGUAGUUGGUACCGACAUCUCUCCUGUGCAGCCCAGCUGGGUGCCUCCUAACCUCCAGUUCGAGAUCGACGAUGCCACCAAGGAAUGGACCUUUAGGGAAGACCAUUUCGAUUACAUCCAUAUGCAGUUAAUGAACGGCGCUUUCGAAAGCCUUGAUCACAUAUAUAGUCAAGCGUUCCAGUGCUGCAAGCCCGGUGGCUGGUUCGAGCACGUUGAUGUCUCGGUUAUGGUUUCGUCUGACGACGGAUCUGUCGAGGAGAAUAGUCCGUUGGAUCAGUAUGGUAAAAUGCUCGAGGCAGCUGGUAACCGGGUCAACCGCAUGUCCAGGAGCGCCGAUUUUACGACGAUGGAGGAUGCGAUGAAGGAGGCAGGCUUUGAGAAUAUAACGGUCAAGAAGUUCAAGAUGCCCAUCUCGCCCUGGUCUGAGGACCAGAGGAUGAAGGAAAUUGGCCUUUACGCCUAUGCGACGAUGAUGACCGAUGUUGAGGGUAUCAUAAAUCUUAUGUUCGGUAGCAUCAUGGGCUGGUCACAAGAGGAAAUUACUGUGUAUGCCGCUUAUCUGCGUCAGCAGCUCAGGAGGAAGGACGUGCAUGGAUACUACACCUUGAAGGUUGUUUAUGGCCAGAAGCCAGAGUAG